AUGACUAAAGUAGAGAAAGAUGAACAUGAUCUUAUCUGGAACUCUGCCAAGAAAGUGGGUAAGCAGUGGCUUGUUCCUUACCCAUGGAAGGAUAACCCAGAGAAGCUGCCCGACAACAGAGUGCAAGCAGAGAGAAUGCUUCAGGCGACGAAGAAAAGGCUUGCAAAGAACCCAGAGCAUGCUGAAGUUUACAAACAGCAGAUGCAAGAGAUGGUCGAGAUGGGGUUUUCGAGAAAGCUGACCGAUGAAGAGAAGAAGAGGCAUGAUGGGCCUGUCCAUUACAUUGGUCAUCAUGCGGUUGUCAGGCCGGAAAAAAAGAGCACACCAGUGAGAAUUGUGUUUAACUCAUCAGCAGUUUUCAAGGGACAGUGUCUGAACGACUACUGGUUCAAAGGGCCAGACUUAUUACAGAGUCUGUUCGGAGUACUCCUUCGCUUCAGAGAACACAGAGUUGCGAUAUGCGCCGACAUAUCCAAGAUGUACCACCGAGUACUGAUUCCAGAAUCCGAUCAGCACGUCCAUCGGUACUUGUGGAGAGGAUUAGAUUCAGAGAGAGAACCGGAUGUGUACGUGAAAACUGUAGUCACGUUUGGAGAUAAGCCUGCUGCAGCAAUGGCCCAGAUAGCUCUGAGGACAGCAGUAGAGGGAGAGUCUCAACAUCCUAAGGCAGCAGAAGUACUGAAACGUGACACGUACAUGGACGACAUAUGUACCUCAGUAAGAACGUCAGAGGAGGCGAAAGAUCUUGUCAAGGACAUAGAUGAGGUGCUAGCUGACGGAGGCUUCAAGGUGAAGGGUUGGCAAUCCAACGAACAGCUGAAAGAUGAGACUUCUCAGAUGAAAACCAACGUUCUUGAGAAUCUGAGUGAGGAGAAGGUUCUGGGGAUGGUAUGGAACCAAAACACAGAUGAGUUUUCAUACAGAGUGAAAAGAAGUAUGAUCCCAGAUCUUCCAGACGAACAGAAAGACACCACCAGCAAAUGGACAAAGAGACGGAUACUAAGCCAGAUUGCAAAGAUCUUUGAUCCCAUAGGAUUUGCUUCAGCAUUACUGGUGAAGGCAAAGAUAGGAAUGCAACGCCUGUGGCAGCUUGGUUUAGAUUGGGAUGAAGAGCUACCCUCCAGAGAAAAGGCAGAAUGGGUAAAACUCUUCAGAGAGAUGGAGAACUUAGAUGGAGUGUCCUUCCAGAGAUGUUUGACACCACCCGGUGCAAUGAGACGACCUACAUUAUGUGUCUUUUGUGAUGCAUCUGAAGAGGCGUUUGGAGCUUGUGUUUACAUUCGCUGGGAGUUAGAGGAUGGCAGCUAUGAUGUUAGAUUUGUGACGGCGAAAUCUAGAGUAGUACCACUAAAGAAGUUGACACUGCCGAGAUUGGAGCUACAAGCUGCAGUGGUUGCUGUUAGACUCGAUGCAACCAUCAGAGAUGAGACCACACUAGAGUUAAGAGAGACAGUGUUCAUGACAGAUAGCAUGAUAGUGCUUGGAUGGGUUCGAAGUCAGGCAAGAAGUUUUAAGCCCUUUGUGUCAGCUCGAGUAGGAGAAAUCCAAAGCAAGUCGAAUCCCCAACAGUGGAGACAUGUGAGUGGAGCAGAAAACCCAGCUGACGACAUUUCGAGAGGUGUUACAGUAGAGAAGUUAGAGAGGUGUAGAUGUGGUCCUCAAUUUCUAAGAUCGCCUGAGGAGGAGUGGCCACAGAGUGAGACGAAAUCUGAGAUUUCGUCAAUGGACAGUGAAAGGCGUAAAGUUCAACAGGUGUCGAAUGUAGUAUUGGCCUCAGAAAGCAUCGACUGUGAAAGAGUUUCCAGCUGGAGAAAACUGGUGAGAGUCACUGCAUAUGUUCGGAGAUUUACCCACAACAUGAAGGCGAGGGUAAGAUCAGGAGAUGAGAGAGGGAAAGUGACGGCAGGACCACUUACAGCAGCUGAACUAGGUGAUGCAGAGAUGUACUGGGUCAGAGAGGCUCAGAAACCGCUUCAUGACAGACUGAAGAAAGGGGAGUUCAAGACUCUAACACCCUACAUAGAGAAUGGAAUCAUCAGAGUUGGAGAAGGCGUGAUUUCGUAUGACAGCAGGCAUCCUGUGUUAUUACCUCAUCAGCAUCGCAUCUCUACGCUCAUCACUAAGCAUGUCCAUGAAUUGGGGCAUGAUGGAGUUGCGACAACGGCAGCGAAAGUGAGAAGCAACUACUGGGUGAUUGGCAUACAUAGGCUUGCCAAGACUAUCAAGCACAGGUGCGUGAUGUGUCGUAAGAUGCAGCACAAGGUCGAGUCGCAGUUUAUGGCUGAGCUACCAGAGAUACGUAUGACACCGUUUUCGCCUCCAUUCCUGUAUACUUCGUGCGACUACUUUGGGCCGUACAGCGUGAAGGUGGGGCGGAAUAAGGUUGCUAAGCACUAUGGAGUGAUCUUCACGUGUCUUAACACAAGAGCGGUACACCUUGACCUAGCGGUAGAUGUUUCUACAAUGGAGUUUCUUCAGGUUCUACGUAGGUUUUUUGCGUUCAGAGGUCAACCGAAGGUCAUUCUGAGCGAUAAUGGUACACAAUUUGUGGGAGCGGUACGUGAGCUACGUGAGAUGGUAAAGGGAUGGGAUAGCGAUCUACUACGCGAGUUUUGUGCGGAGAAAGGUGUAGAGUGGAGGUUUACAACCCCUUCAGCUCCUCAUCAGAAUGGAUGUGCUGAAGCACUUGUGAAGAGUAGUUGA